GUGGCAGUAUGAGCAAUUUUGUCAUAUAUUUCUGCCUCUUUUCGUGUCAAUUUUGUGGAAUAACGGCAUUUGAUAACUUAGCAUUUGGAAGAAAUGUGACUGGCUAUCAAGACUUAUAUGUGGGCAAACCCCUCCAAAUAUCUGGGAAUUUGACCGACGGAGAUAGAACUGGUACAUGUGAACAUUUUAGUGGGGAUUAUUUUGAAUUUCAUAUCAACCUUCAAAAAAUGUACACCAUUAAAUCGUCGAGACUUAUAUUCAAAGGAAAUUUUACAACGAAUGGAGCAAAUAUUUUUUGUUACGAUGACACUCGUACUUGGCCUUACUACGAACUUGGCAGCUACAGAAGGGAAAAUCCACAAACAGUUAAGUUUGAAGCUCAACGAACUGGAACGACGAUUUAUUUUUAUGUAUGGGUGCCAUCUAGCAAUACAAUUGAAAUCGAAUUAUGUGAAAUAGAAAUGUAUGGAUGUGAGGUUGACCACUAUGGUGACGAUUGUCUGCCCUGUAAUAAGUCUGAUAAUUGUAAAGUUUGUGAUGUUAACAAUGGAGCAUGUUAUGUCUGUAAAAAAGGGUACACUGGAUCCAACUGUAGCAGAA